AUGUUAAACAAGCUUUCUUAUAUUCUCACAUUGACAACAGUUCGUUUGGUGAGCUCCACCAAUUCGUUGUCGUCUGGUCGUGUUGAAGUGUUUUAUAAUGGUACAUGGGGAACCGUUUGCGACGACUGGUGGGACUUACAAGACGCUGAUGUAGUUUGUCGCCAGCUUGGAUACGAUGGAGCUUUAUCAGCACCCAGAGCCGCAGCGUUUGAACAAGGAACUGGUCCGAUAUGGCUGGAUGACGUUGGAUGUUUUGGAAAUGAGAAAUCUAUAUUUCAGUGCGGUCACCAAGGAUGGGGAGUUGAGAACUGUCGGCAUAGUGAAGACGCUGGUGUGGUAUGCCGACCCAAAGCUGUUCGUUUAGUGAAUUCUUAUUUACAACAUGCUGGUCGUGUUGAAGUGCUAUACAGUGGUAUAUGGGGAACAAUUUGUAGCGACUAUUGGGAUUUACAGGACGCUGAAGUAGUUUGUCACCAGCUUGGAUACGAUGGAGCUUUACGAGCAGUUAGUAACGCAGCAUUUGGACAAGGAACAGGCCAGAUAUGGUUGGAUGACGUGCAAUGUGUGGGAAAUGAGAGAUCGAUAUCACACUGCAGUCACUUUGGAUGGGGAGCUCACAACUGUCGUCACUAUCAGGACGCUGGCGUAGUUUGCCGACCUGCAGUUCGUUUGGUGAGCCCCACCAAUUCGUUGUCGUCUGGUCGUGUUGAAGUGUUUUAUAAUGGUAUAUGGGGAACCGUUUGCGACGACUCGUGGGACUUACAUGACGCUGAUGUAGUUUGUCGCCAGCUUGGAUACGAUGGAGCUUUAUCAGCACCCAGAGCCGCAGCGUUUGAACAAGGAACUGGUCCGAUAUGGCUGGAUGACGUUGGAUGUUUUGGAAAUGAGAAAUCUAUAUUUCAGUGCGGUCACAAAGGAUGGGGAGUUGAGAACUGUAGGCAUAGUGAAGACGCUGGUGUGGUAUGCCGACCCAAAGCUGUUCGUCUAGUGAAUUCUUAUUUACCACACGCUGGUCGUGUUGAAGUGCUAUACAGUGGUACAUGGGGAACAAUUUGUAGCGACUAUUGGGAUUUACCGGACGCUGAUGUAGUUUGUCACCAGCUUGGAUACGAUGGAGCUUUACGAGCAGUUCGUAACGCAGCAUUUGGAGAAGGAACAGGCCAGAUAUGGUUGGAUGACGUGCAAUGUGUGGGAAAUGAGCCAUCAAUAUCACACUGCAAUCACUUAGAAUUGGGAGCUCACAACUGUCGUCACUAUAAGGACGCUGGCGUAGUUUGCCGACCUACAGUUCGUUUGAUGAGCCCCACCAAUUCGUUGUUCUCUGGUCGUGUUGAAGUGCUUUAUAAUGGUACAUGGGGAACCAUUUGCGACGACUCGUGGGACUUACAAGACGCUGAUGUAGUUUGUCGCCAGCUUGGAUACAAUGGAGCUUCAUCAGCACCUGCUGAUGCAGUAUUUGGACAAGGAACUGGUCCGAUAUGGUUGGAUGACGUUAAUUGUGAAGGAAAUGAGACAUCGAUAACGCAGUGCAGCCAUGGAGGAUGGGGAGUUCAUAACUGUGGUCAUAGUAAAAAUGCUGGUGUAGUGUGCCGCCAACUAAAAGGUCAUACAGUCCGUUUGUUGAGUCCCAACAAUUCACCGUCGUUUGGACGUGUUGAAGUCCAGUUUCAUGGAACAUGGGGAACAAUUUGUGAGAAUUACUGGGGCCUAAAGGAUGCUGAUGUGGUUUGUCGCCAACUGGGAUACGAUGGAGCCUUAUCAGCCCUUAGAGAUGUAGCAUUUGGACAAGGAACAGGCCCGAUAUGGCUGAAUAGGGUGCACUGUGGAGCUCGAGGAUAUCAGGAUAUCAGUGUUACUGACUGUGGUGCGAGGGGAUAGGGAGUUCAUAAGUGUUGGCAUAGUGAAGACAUUGGUGUGGUGUGCCGACCCGCAUUCCGUUUGGCGAGUUCCGCCAGUUCGCCAUCCUCUGGUCGUGUUGAGGUACGAUACAAAGGUAUAUGGGGAACCAUUUGUGACUACUCUUGGGACUUACAGGACGCUAAUGUAGUUUGUCGCCAGCUUGGAUACGAUGGAGCUUUAUCUGUACCAAGAAGAGCAAUAUUUGAACGAGGGGCAGGACAAAUAUGGCUGAGUCAUGUGCAAUGUGUAGGAAAUGAGGAAUCGAUAUCACAGUGCCGUCACAUGGGAUGGGGAGUUCACUACUGCCAGCAUAGUUAUGACGCUAGUGUAGUUUGCCGACCCGCAGUUCGUCUGGUAAGUCGUGGCCCUUCGCUAUCUUCUGGUCGUGUUGAAGUGCUAUACAAUGGUACAUGGGGAACAAUUUGCGACGACUCAUGGGAUUUACAGGACGCUGAGGUAGUUUGCCAUCAGCUUGGAUACGAGGGAGCUUUAUCAGCAUCUGGUGAUUCCGCAUUUGGAUAUGGACCUGGCCAGAUAUGGCUGGAUGACGUAAAUUGUGUAGGAAAUGAGAUUUUGAUAUUGCAAUGUUCCCACAGAGGAUGGGGAGUUCACAACUGUGGACAGAAUGAUGACGCUGGUGUUGUGUGCCGACCCGCAGCUGUUCGUUUGGUGAACCCUUUUAAUUACCCAUCUUCUGGUCGUGUUGAGGUGCAACACAGUGGCACAUGGGGAACCAUUUGUCGAAACUCAUGGGACGUGAGGGACGCUGAAGUAGUUUGCCGCCAGCUUGGAUUCGAUGGCGCUUUAACAGCGUUCACAUGGGCACGGGCAUCAUUUGGAAAAGGAGUAGGCCAGAUAUGGUUGGAUGAUUUGCAAUGCCAAGGAAAUGAGACAUCAAUAUCAGAAUGCUCUCACUUAGGAUGGGGAGUUCACGACUGUAAUCACUAUUAUGACGUUGGUGUAGUUUGCCGACCUGCAGUGCGUUUGGUGAGUCCCACCAAGUCACCAUCUUCUGGUCGAGUUGAAGUGUUUUACAAUGGCACAUGGGGAACCAUUUGUGACAACUCGUGGGACUUACAGGACGCUAAUGUAGUUUGUCGUCAGCUUGGAUUCGAAGGAGCUUUAUCAGUGUUUGAUACUGCAGUAUUUGGACAAGGAACUGGUCGGAUAUGGCUGGAUGGCAUAAAAUGUGUAGGAGAUGAGACGUCAAUAUCAGAAUGCAGCCACGGCGGAUGGGGAGUUAACAACUGUGGACAUAGUGAAGACGCUGGUGUGGUGUGCCGAAACGCAGGGGUGGAGGAACUUCUUGACAAACUUCCUAACAGAGUCACAACUUGA